AUGAACAUCAAAAAAAUCACAAAUUUCUCAACAAUACUUCCAAACGAAUUCUCAAAUUUUUCGCCAAACUUCCCGAAAGAGUGUGUUAACUGCGGUUCACCCUCAACCCCGCUAUGGCGUCGCGAUGGGGUUGGCCACUACCUAUGUAAUGCUUGUGGGCUCUACCAGAAGAUUAAUGGGUCUAAUAGGCCCAUUGUCAAGCAAGACACUUUCAAAAGGACGAACAACAAAAAGUUAGGCGCUACAUGUAGCAACUGCAGGACGGCCGUGACGACAUUGUGGCGACGAAAUAACGAUGGAGAUGUCGUCUGCAAUGCUUGUGGCCUCUACUAUAAACUACACGGUGUCAGACGGCCAUCCGUGAUGAGAAAAGAUGGAAUCCAGACGAGAAAAAGAAAACCGCGAAAC